AAGUUUUUGUACAUGCAGUACUUUUUUGUGAAUUCUCUCCGAGAAAAUAAUGAGAUGAGGUAAGGUGAGGUGAGUUGAGGUGAGUUGAGGUGAGGUGUGCAACCGUAGUGCCAGAGAUACGGGAAAACAAGAAGAAGGCGGUUUCAAUUCGCGGCUGGCUGGCUGGCUGCUGAGACUUGAGAGAGAGAGAGAGAGAGAGAGAGAGAGAGAGAGAGAGGGAGGAAACAAGACUAAACAAAAGAAUAGAAGAAAAGAGCUUCCAUUUUCCUGCAUUAUUUACACGCAUUUGCUCUGAAUUUUUAGUGUGAUCAAAGUGAUAGUGUUAAACGUGAGGGAAAAGAGGGCGGAGUAGGGGGGGGGGGAAUGAAAGGUGGGAGUGGUGGUGGUGGUGGAGUUGCUCCCGCGAAGCGCCGAUGGAGAGGUCUGGCCAUUGCUGUCCUCUUUCUUGUGGUCCUCUCAAUGCUUGUUCCCCUUGGAUUUUUGCUUGGCCUACACAGUGGCUUUCACUCUGCAGGUGCCUUUAUCAACUUACAAUUAGAUCUGUUUUUGGGGGAUCGCUCAAGCCAUAUAGAUAAUCUCGUGAGAAAAUUAGGGCCUACUCUACCAAAGGAUGUUCUUAAAGGGUUUGUAAAUGAAGCUAAAAAUGAAACCAGCAGUAUCAAUGCUACACCUAGAACUGAGCAGAAGAAAGGCAUUCCAAUUCCACCUCAAGUUGUGAUGCAACCGUUUACCAGUAAAAAUAUUAGUAGAAUUAAUGGUAAAGCAAAAAUGAAAUCUGAUGUUGAUGAAAGUGAGGGGUUUUGUGAUUUGAAAUAUGGGAGCUAUUGCAUUUGGCGUGAAGAAAAUAGGGAAGAAAUGCAAGAUUCCAUGGUGAAGAAAUUGAAGGAUCAGCUUUUCGUUGCCAGGGCAUAUUUUCCUAGUAUUGCAAAAAUCCCAGCACAGAGCAAGUUGUCUGGUGAAUUGAAACAAAAUAUUCAAGAAGUGGAGCGUGUCCUUAGUGAAAGUACUACAGAUGCUGAUCUUCCUCCAGAGAUUCAGAAGAAAUCACGAAGGAUGGAAGCUGUGAUAGCAAGAGCCAAAUCAGUCUCUUUGGAUUGUAAUAACGUUGACAAGAAAUUGAGACAAAUAUUUGACUUGACUGAGGAUGAAGCUAACUUUCACAUGAAGCAGAGUGCCUUUCUCUACCAACUUGCUGUCCAGACAAUGCCCAAGAGCCUGCACUGCCUGUCUAUGAGACUAACUGUGGAAUAUUUCAGAGACCAUUUGUUUGAUAAGGAGCUCUCUGAGAAAUAUUCUGAUCCCACAUUGCAACAUUAUGUUAUAUUCUCCAAUAAUGUUAUCGCUUCUUCAGUUGUAAUAAACUCAACUGUUGUGCAUGCAAGAGACACUGUAAACCAGGUUUUUCAUGUGCUGACUGAUUGGCAGAAUUACUAUGCAAUGAAACAUUGGUUCCUCCGGAAUACUUUUAGGGAUGCUGUUGUUCAGGUGUUGAACAUUGAAGAUUCAGAUUCCUAUGGUAAAGCAACUCUAUCUCACCUGACAUUACCUGUGGAGUUUCGAGUUUCCUUUCCUAGCAAUGAUAGUGCACCAGCAAUACAUAAUAGAACACAAUAUGUAUCCAUUUUUUCUCAUUCUCAUUAUCUUCUUCCUGAGAUAUUCAAAAACUUGGAGAAAGUUGUGGUUUUGGAUGAUGAUGUUGUUGUUCAGCAAGACUUGUCAGCACUAUGGAGCCUCAACAUGGGAGGGAAAGUGACUGGUGCUAUAGAAAUUUGCUCGGUAAAAAUGGAUCAACUGCAAAGUUAUUUGGGUGACCACAGCUUCCAAAAACAUUCCUGUUCUUGGAUGUCAGGAUUGAAUGUAAUUGAUCUCGCCAGGUGGAGAGACCUAGACAUCUCUGAAACUUACUGGAAGUUGGUGAAAGAGCAGGUCAGCAUGAAAGAGGGAUCGGCUUUGCUUGCGACUUUGCUUACUUUUCAGGACCAAAUAUAUGCCCUUGACAGGGUGUGGGUUUUAUCGGGCCUUGGUCAUGACUAUGGACUUGAUAUAGAAGGCAUCAAGAAAGCUGCAGUUUUGCACUAUAAUGGAAAUAUGAAACCUUGGCUUGAUCUGGGAAUUCCAAAAUACAAGGAAUACUGGAAGAAGUUUCUGAACCAUGAAGAUCAAUAUCUAAGCGAGUGCAAUGUAAAUCGAUAAUGAGCUGGUGCUGAGGUUUAGCCUUUGGAUACUUGGAAAGUUGGGAAAGUUGAGAGCUCAAGGAGCUAAGUGCUGAAAAUUUUGAGAUUGAGCGAGAAUUUUGAAGGGUAUUAGAUGGGAACAAAGUGUAGCUGUAAUGACCUCGACCUUGAUGGGUGUAUGUUUCUGAUUUUUGGUUUUCGGGUAAAAUAGAAGGAUUGCUCAACCUUGAGGUUGAGUUCGCUGGAGGUGGCUGCAGCAGGGUGGGGGCAAGAUGGAUUAGAGAUUUUGCAGUGAUUGAUUGUUGGAGAAUGAAUGCAAGUUAGCUUAUGCAGAUGGUAGUAGGAAGACAGCAUCAUUUAUCUGCUUCUAACUGUGGUACAGUGAAUUAAUUAAUGUGAGAAACCUUGACAAAUAAGGAAUUAUGUAUACAGAGAGAAGAGAAGGGUGUCCAAUGAUUCGGCUUUGAUUUUACUGCCAUUCAACAACACUCAGAAAUAAUAUGCAUCGUUAUCACGUAUUGUUGGUGAGAAUUGAGGUGGUGGUGUCAUGUGCCCUUCAUGUUUGGAUUUUAUCUUUGUUAUAGUCGAUUUUUUAGUUUGUUACUUUGAUGUUGGAUCUCUCAAUUAUCAAAUGAAUUUAUUUAACAUGCUUGCUGCGUGUUUCUCAUA